UUUGCAAGGACGGAGAGCAAGUUCGGGUUCCGGACCGGCCGAUCACUCACUUGCCUUCCCCCACCACGCACGAUGUCGUUAGCUGAGGCCUCCGAAGCGCGUAAGGCGCGUCUGCAGGCGCUGAGGAGAAGGAAGGAAGAGGGGGCUGGGGCGGACGAGCCCAUCCUCAAGCACCGCAACUUCGACCCCGAAUCACGGCAAGCGAAGAAGCGAGCCACCAAGGCUGAUGCGGAUGGCGACGCGGUCAUGGACGACACGGUUGAAAAGAGUGUCGCAGGUCUUGCAGAACGCAUCGUCGCGGAGGACGAGGAGCGCCGGGCGCAAGAGCUCGACGUGUUCAACAUCGCGCCGAAGCGCGCAAAUUGGGAUUUGAAGCGGGAUAUGGAGAAGAAGCUUGCGAGGUUAGAGCGGAGGACGCAAGAGGCGAUACAUACGCUUAUACGACAACGGCUGGCAGCACAAAAGGGCCAGUCGGACGACAUCGUCGGCGCCAUGAACUCGCAGGCGAAGGACGAGCAAUUGUCCGACGAGGACGACUGAUCAAUCCCUCCUCAUCUUUACGAACCUUGGCCUUGUGUUCUUGCUGUACCAUCAUUCCGGACUAUCCAUCGCUGUAUUUUUGUGCUGGAAGCAAUUGCGACUCGCUUUCGUGCGCUUCAAGGC